AUGCUUUCGCAAGGAGGCUCAUUCGAUUUAGAAAAGCAGAAGAAAUUUGCUAAACUUUCCACCAUUGUGGACGCAUACUCAAAAUACCAAGAAGACUUGAAGCAGUAUAAUGAGCUGCAAGAAAUAGUUCAACUGGACCCUUCACUUAAAGAAGAAGCUGAAUCAGAUAUUGCAGUUUUAUUACCUGAGUUAGAUAAGACGGGGAAAUCGUUAGCAAGCAAGCUCUUGCCACCCCAUCCGUUUGCAGAAAAACCAAGUAUCUUGGAACUUAGACCGGGCGUUGGUGGAUCUGAAGCCAUGAUAUUCACCCAGGACCUUUUGAACAUGUAUAUAAACUACGCAAAUUACCAUAAGUGGAAAUGGAGCUUGAUAUCUAAAACAGAAAAUGCUAGUGGUACUGGUGUAUUAGAAGCUAUCUUAAACAUUGACGAGCCUGGCUCAUACGAUAAAUUAAAGUUUGAAGCCGGUGUACAUCGUGUACAAAGAGUCCCUGCCACAGAAACGAAAGGAAGAACGCAUACAUCUACAGCAGCAGUUGUUGUGCUACCUAAAAUGGGAGAAGAAAGUGAAUCAGAUGCAUAUGAAAGAACGUUCAAACCAGAUGAAAUCCGGAUAGAUGUUAUGAGGGCAAGUGGAAAAGGUGGACAGCAUGUUAACACCACUGAUUCUGCCGUGAGACUAACACAUUAUCCAUCAGGAAUCGUCAUAUCGAUGCAGGAGGAAAGAUCGCAACACAGAAAUAAAGCUAAAGCGUUUGCUAUUCUUCGAGCUAGGCUUGCAGAAAAGGAAAGGUUGGAAAAAGAAGAGAAAGAGAGAAACGCUAGAAAGGACCAAGUCUCAUCCACAGAUAGAUCUGAUAAAAUAAGAACUUACAACUACCCUCAAAAUAGAAUCACCGACCACAGAUGUGGUUACACCUUAUAUGACAUUGAAGGUGUGAUGAAAGGGGAAAGAUUGGAUGACGUUAUUGAUGCCUUGGAAAUGUUCGACGCAGACCAAAAAUCUAAACUACUACUAGAAGAAAUGUCCUAA